GGCCUCCCACCGGCCGCAGGCCCAACUGGUGGCUGACGCUUCCCCUCCCGCGAUCCCGUGGGCCCGCCUCGCUCACUACUGGUCUGCUUGCUGCUUCUGGAAUCCCCCCUCCCCUCCGCCACCCAUAACUUCCAUCGCCAUCGCUCCACCAAAGCUGGGGACGCCUCCCCGCCCGACCAGCGCCGACGCCGACGACGAGCAUCCCAUCCGCCAGUGACCGAAAUUUCACACCAGGCGCUGCAAGCGACUGCAAUGGCUAUGUACCAGCGCUCCAAGCGGGCAGCCGGGAACUAGCUCAUCAGUCAUUACUGACGGCGUAAUCUUCAUCCGAGUGGUCAGUGGCGUCUACAGUCGCAGCAGCUUGUGCGCGCAUGGCUAGCAACAUGUACGGCACCACGGUGGCCUGUAGGAUGUGCUACAGAGACCAGUACAGGCCGCCGCCGCGCGACUUCACUUGCGAGGCCAGGAAAUCGGAGGCCAGGAGGUGGGGAAACGGGUACCACCUCAUCCCCAGGCUCUGCCAGUGGAAGCCCAGAGGCAGCAAGUCUGAUGGCUCACUGCUCGGCGACGGCCACGGUGGCCGCGAUGCUCGCUGCCACUCUUGUGGUUCCCAUAACAGCUGCGAGUGCGAAACUAGAGACUGCGAUGCUAUGGAAGAUGCUGCUGCGAGCUCUUACCGAGAUUUCAAGCAACAUUCAAGGGGAAAUCCUCAAUUUUCAGAUGAUCAAGUUUCAUCGAAGAAUAAGUCAGCCUAUGCUAGUCAAGGGUUGGCUGAAGCCUGCAAAUUUGUUUACAAUGAUGCUAAGUUUGUAAAUGAAAGGGCUCAAAAUGACAUUCUAUUACUUUCACGUGGCAUAACAAGGCUGAACAAACGCGCAUGCCAGGAUGCUGCUGUUUUGGGCCUGGGGUUUCUCAAACUUGAUGCUCGUGCACGGAAGGAUACUCAAAAGAUUGACCACACAGUGAAGGAGAGAGCAGCGCUUCUUAACCAUUUUGCCAGAGCAUUUAAGGAGCGAGCUCAGUCAGACUUGAAGAAAGCUGCAGACAAACAUUGGAGUGAUGGUGCCUUGGAGGCAGACCUGCGACGAGCUGACUUGGUUGUUAAACGACGUGCCAUGGAAGACGCUUUCAUGGCAUUGAAGUUUGUUCAGGAUAUCCAUGACAUGAUGGUGAACAGAUUAUAUGAGCAGCUUCCGAAGGACGGUUCAUCUUCUCGUACAAAUUCAACAGGGUUUAUUACGCUUGAGAAGAACGGGAAGGCUCUUGAACUGUUUCCUGGUGAAGUUUCUGCUGAUCAGAUUUAUGCCAUAGAGGAAGCAUACCAGAGUAUGGCAUCUGCCUUUUCUGAAGCUGAUGGUAUUGACUACACAGAUCCUGAGGAGCUUGAAUUGUUGGUAGCAACUCUAAUUGACCUGGAUGCCAUGGAUGGGAAAAGGAGUGUUUCCUUGAUUGCUGAAUGUUCAAGCUCUCCAGAUGUUAAUACUAGGAAAGCCCUAGCUAAUGCAUUGGCUACAGCUCCAUCUAUGUGGACUCUUGGGAAUGCUGGCAUGGGUGCAUUGCAGAGGCUGGCUCAAGAUCCCAACUACGCCGUAGCUAGGGCUGCAUCAAGAGCCAUUGAUGAACUCAAGAAGCAGUGGGAACUUGAAGAAGGUGACAGUCUGAGGUUUGUGAUGAACCAGAAUCUGGCCUCCAGGGAUACUGAGGAUGACAAUUCACCAGCGGAUGAUGCCGCAUGAGUCAUAAACAAGAUGAAAGAUUCCAGUUUCAGUGGCAAUGGAUCAAAGCACAAGGAACCACCAUGGGCAGCACAUAAGCAUUCCCAUUUUACGUUUAGGACUGAAAAUCAGAUAGAUGUGUUCUAGUUGAGGGGGGGGGGGGGGGGGGGGGGGGGGGGAUGUGUUCUGGAACUUGGGUAAAUGGGGGAAUUAUGAAAACAGUGUAAAUAGAAGUCUGCUCCCUUUGGAUAUUGUUCAUGCAUGAAGCAAAAUGUUAUAUCUGAAAAGCGCGUACCUUGUACCAGAGUAUCUAGUCUUAGGUGCUCCUUGUUUUUAUAUAUAGUACUGUAAUAUGGCAAAAAUUAUGUAUCUGGAUAACACAUGUAGCUUGGUUUUGUCGGCACUGCAUAUUGAGGAUUGAGUAUGACUUGUACCAG